AUUUGAUUCAUUUGAAGACCAUCUCCAAAUUUAUUUGUAGUCUUGUACAUAUAAAUAAAUGUGAACCCAUCAUCCAAUUCAUUCACUUCCACUGCUGGCUUUAUACUACUGCACUACGACUUUAUAUGCAAAAUCAUUGGGAGCACUCAUGCAACCCCGAAGCAAACUAAAAACCCCAAAAGGUGAUGGGAUAAAGCAACUCUCAGUGAGAAAAGCAAAUAAAAUGCCGGCCGAAACCUCACCCCAAAAACCUGCUGGAAGAGGUGUUAUAGAGAAAAACCGAAGGCAACAAAUGAAAAAUCUUUACUCAAACCUUGCUUCUCUUCUCCCACCUCUCAAUUCCAAGGAGAAAAUGCCGUUGCCGGCUUUAUUAAACCGUUCUUGUCAGUAUGUGAAGCAGUUGAAAGAAAGGGUUGAGAAGCUGAAAACAGAGAGAGAAGGGCUGAAAGAAGAUCUGGCGGUGGCGGCGGUAGAUCUACACGAAAGGGGUCCGGAGCUAGAGGUGAAUCUAGUGACUGGAUUGAACAAGGGCUUCCUUUUACCUAAAGUUCUCCGAGUUCUUCAAGAAGAAGGGGCUCAAGUUCUGAGUGCAAAUUAUUCCAGCUCCACCGAUCGAAUCUUCUACUCCAUCACUUCUCAGGUAUAGAAUAUCCUGGUUGAUAUUAUCAUUAGCGCUUCUAGAUCUCUAGGUUGGGAGUAUAUAUGUAACAAUCUUUUUAGAAGAAUACAAUCUAACUAGUACUCCCUCGGUUCCAAAAUUAUUGUCCAAUUUGAGAUUUCAAUUUUAGUACAAUUUGAAUUAGAAUUGAAAACCCAAACUGGACAAUAAUUAUGGAAUGGAGGGAGUACUAAUUAACAUUAUGACACAUUGAUUAAUAUAUGCUGAAAUGGUGCUAGCUCUCUUGAUGAAGAAUGUGGGCUAACAAACUAGGGAACUUAGUAGUAUAAUUUACAGGAAUCAUAUAAGAAGAAGUAGAUAGUUAAGAAGCAUUUUUCCAGUGAGUUAACAUUAUAUAUGAACCACUAAGGUUAAACUAGCUUCAGUAUGUCCUUGCAAUGAUAUAGAUGUCACCCAGGCCUAAUCUAAUGAGGAUUCGGGCUGUCAUAUAUAUGGUUCUUUUUCCUUUCUCUCUUUUUUUUUUUUUGCUCUUUGGAAUUUAAUCUCAUUAUUCAUUUGAAAUCUUAAUAUAUCUUCCAUGUAUCCAAAUUUUUAAUCAUAUAUGAGUUUAUUUUACACCAAAGCCCGCAAAAAAAUUCCCAAAAAAGAAUAAAAAAGAUGCUCGUAUAUGUCCACUGUUAUCGCCCGUCGUUUAGGGGAACUAUUAAAGGACAUACGAGUUAAAAAUGGCUACAAUUUGUUCAUGAAAUAUAUAAGCUUAUCUUCGUCGCUAUCAAACUUAUGUGUAGAGAUUCGUCAGGUAAGGAUCCUUAUUUGUUUGAGAAUUUUGAGUUUAUCUUGUGGGAAUUCUUGUUUGUUAACGCUGAUUUCAUUUUGACUGAAUAAAAUGUAGGCUUUGUAUCCGAGAAUUGGAAUAGACACAUCAAAAUUGCGGGAGAGGUUGAAGUUACUAUCGGGUAUAAGUUCCGUUUCGCCGGCCGGCCAGGCGACGGGGACCUCUUCAUCUUAGGACGAUUAAUUGGAAUUUCGUAGGAGGGCCAUAUCAUUUUUUAGGGUAAUGGAAAAGAAAAAACAUUUGGUGGCUAGAAAUUUCAAAGUCAUCUUUCACCAUCAUCGUCAUGUGUACAUCAUUUUUUCUUGGCCAUAUUGUUUUUUUGAGCUGGAAUAACUCUCACGAGGUUUAAUAGUAAUUAAAUUGUUUUGACUGAUCUUGAAAAAUAUGCGUAAUAGAUGAGAAUAUUAUCGACAAAAAUCCAGUUCAAAACCGAUCCAAGUUAUUAGGUUGGCUCUAUUUCGCCUCGAUUAAUGCUGAUUUUGAUGGACAUGUGAUGAAGCUGACCUUGAUGAAAUUUUCUCAGUAUUAGGCUCCGUUGUCUCCUCCUCACAUGCUGUUUAGAUUGAGUUGAUAGAUUUAUGCUAAGUACACAAUUCUUUCUUUCAUCCGGUGCUGGAUAAUUUUUUUUUUUUUUGGGUCAGUCAUACUUUUUUG